GCAUGGAGGAAACAGUGGAUCACAGUGAGGAGCUGUUCUGAAUCCGGAGUGGAGGUUCAGCUUGGUAGUACUUGUGUUCGAGUCCCGCCUGGGUCCAUCCUCUGCAGAUCGGAGUCACGAUCUCGCAAGUUUGCCUUCGGCGUAUUCGCGUGUGUCGAGCCACGGCGACCGUGCUUGUACCUGGCCGGGAGCAGCGAGGCAGACACGCAGCGCUGGAUGCGACACAUCCGGGAACUACUGAGGCCGCCGCGCGGCAACGGGGCAGUAGAAAGGGGAUUCCCAGUUUCCUUCAUUGAUAACGGUCACUCCCGCCUGGCAGGCCUGAUGGGGGUGUAUGGCAAUAUGGUGGUGGGGGCAGACUGCCUCACUCUGUAUGACCCAAGUUCAGAAGCACUUCUCUGCUCAUGGAAAUGGCAACAGCUGCACCAGUUCCACCUCUCUGCCACCGAAAUCAAGGAGGACGAGAAUAAAAUCUGCGUCAUUCACACCAGCAGUGAGUUCUGUGCGGGAGCAGGGCAACUCCACGUCUUCUGUCCCCAAGCUUCGGAGCUGCUAGAUCAGCUGCUGACAAAUGGCAGAGUCCGACGCCUCAUGUCCUCUCCGUUACCCUCACCACCACCCCUGCGUCAUGGUGCCAGGCGCCUGAGUCGCAGCGAGAGCGAUCUGCGCUGCUUCAGAGCUGAUGAGUUCAGUGCACUAGGCAGUCCAGGACAACCCUGCCACUUUCUGAGACACAAGGGUGUCCUGGAGAGAUCGCACAGUAGCUCCAGGGCUUCAGCCACUUCAGACGAUUAUGUGCAGGCCAUUGGGGGCAAGGUUGCCAGCAGUCUCAUCUCAGCUGGCCUGGGCCUCUUGUUCUCUACGCCGGCCUGCAGCGAGGCAGACACCGAGUCCUUGCAUGAGUACCAACAGGUGGGGAGCCUGGACAGUGACGAAUAUGAUGACGAGUCUGGGGACAACUCUCGACCAACACGGAGGGAGUCGGGUGUCUCUGUAGCAUCUGGCAUAUAUGAGGAGAUAGCAGAUGGAGACGAAGAGCACAGCGCUAACCAUUAUGAGAAUCCUGCUGCCUUGCGAUGGGGUAGAGCUGCUGAAGAUAGAAGCAACUCUCCCCCACCACUACCACCGAGGAAGCAGAGACUCCGCUUCACAGACAGGAGCACCCAUGACGAUGUGGGCAGAGAGUUGUGCUAUAGGACACCUCCCAUGCUGGCACCACACUGGCGCCAUGGAACCUACCCUGUAGCUGCAGCUUCCUCAAGCUUGCCCGACUUUGUGCGGUGUCUGCAGCCUCGUUCCGCAUGGGGAGGCGACACUAUACCCCAGCCAGAGCCUGACUACCUACCCAUGUCACCUGGUCCAGUGAGGGUUGUGGCUGAGGAGCAGCAUUACACCGUCAUGGCGAGCGUCAACACCACAUGACAUUGGUGUCAUGUGAUGGACCAUCAGCAAAUUGAACCAGAGCGCCAAACUACAUGUCACUUUGAAAAUCACUUGUCAUGACACACAGUCAUUGGAUAACAAGCAUUGCUGUCAUGACAUUCCACUGCGCUGCUGUGACAUGACAUGACAUUAUCAACAUUGUUAUAGCUGUUUUUAAAGGCUCCUGUUUUGGAACAAGAAUGUUCAUAUUCAUUGGUCACUGACAUACGAUGAACUCUUUAAACACUGAACAUGAAAAGUGUCUGUCCACCCAUUCAGGUGCCUAGAUGGCAUUCCAAGUCACAUUCUUGUGUUAAGAGUUCCUGAAAAGGCGUAAAUCUGUUAAAAUCUCAACAUUACUUUUUUCCCCACCAUCAAUACUCUCUUACCUUAUGUGUCAGCCAGUAUGAACUCAUGAUUUUGGAUAUUAUCCAAAAUGUUUACAUAUAUUUUUACUUUCUCAUGUAUAUAACACAUGAAAAGUAUUGUGAUGCUGAAAAAAAUUAAUUUAUUUAUUUUAACAGAGUCACAUCCUUUCAGCUCCUCUGAAUAUGAAGAAGUGGGUUUUUAGAAUGCUGCUUUCAUGUGUCCCUCACUAUCAUCUGAGCAGUUCAACAGAUUUUAUUUAUGAAGAAAGCAGUC